AUGUCGGGCGAUGUAGCCACCGUUGCGACGGUAUACGGUGCGAUCCUCCUGGGCACCUGCAUUGGCUGCGGCCUCACUGGGAUCGUGUUCGUUCAAACCGUUUUGUAUUUCAAAUUUUACCCCUCCGAUUGCAUCCAAAAUAAAAUAUUGGUCUUGGUCGUCUGGGCACUGGACAUGAUGCACACCAUUCUCAUCAUCACCUCCGUCUGGGAAUCCGUCAUCGUGAAUUUCGACAAACCAGAAUUGAUGGAUCUCAUUCCAAAGGCCUUAGGUCUUUCUGUAGCCAUAACUGCCGCAGUCACAUUCCUCGUCCACUGUUUCUUCGCGAACAGAGUCCGUAAACUGACAAAGAGGUGGUAUUUCGCUGCGCCCCUCGUUCUCCUGGCAUUCUUGCGUCUUCUCGCUGCAUGUGUUUCGACCACCGAAAUCAUGCGCCUUCGCCACUACUCGCUAUUCAUCAAGCCAUUCCCAUCAUGGGUAUUCACUCUCGGUGUCACCCUAUCUGCGUCUGUGGAAUUCAUCAUAACCGUCGUCAUGGUCAUCUUCCUUGGACGCAGUCGCACUGGUUUCGCAACCAUGAACCACAUCAUCAACUCAUUGAUCUUGUACACACUCGAAACUGGAAGUUUUACUUGCGCUGUCACAAUUGCAUCCCUUAUUUGCUGGAUGGUAAUGCGGCAUAACUUGAUCUUCCUUGGAAUGCACUUCGCCAUCGCAAAGCUGUAUGCCAACUCCCUUCUCGCUACACUGAACACACGGAAGCGUUUGCGUUCAGACCAUAACUUCUCGAGUCAGCGCGAGGCUGAUGUCUACCCUGCCUCGAUGAACAUUCACAAAUCAUCGCAGCGUAUCCUGGGCCCUCUCUCACCUAACAAGGGCGCCCACCUGAACGUCAAUGUGGAGACCACCGUCGUGUCUGUCAUCGAUGAGCCUUGCGAUGACUACGAUAUGGUAGACAUUGAAUCCAAAGGCUGUGAUACAGCAUGCGGGACAGAGAAGGACAGUAAAGAGUUUUUACCCUGA